GACGGAGGCGCUUCUGGCUAGCGUGAUGUCACAGAGGCAGUGCUGCUCCUCUCGCUCCUGGAUGCUGCUGCUGCUGCUGCUUCUUAUUGUCACCAAUCGCUCGGGAAGAGAGAGAGAGGCGACAGGGCGGCUUGUCGUGGUGGGAGCAGCAGCCCGAGAAGGCAGCGCGGCUGCAGCAAGGAGCGUCUGGGGCGGCGACGUCGUCGGCCGUGGCCGCUGCAGCCGGCGGGAAGGAGAGAUGCGGCGGUCUCGGUUGAAGGAGGGCCCCUCCGGUUGGUAACUCUUGCUGAGAAGCGGCAGCAGGAGCCAAGGGUUAUGUGAAGAAUACACACAUGCCGUGAGAAGAUUGAUACAAAUAAAAUUCACCCAGCCUGAGGAAGAAGUAAAAAGGAGAUCCAUUUCUAGCAGCCUCCCCAAUGUUGAGGGACUUUCUCCUGCCCAUCAUGGAGGCAGAUGGCUGGGAGUGGCUGGUGGCUCCAGUUCAGCAGCUGAUAUCCUGGGGUGCAUCAGCAGCCAUGAUAUUUGGAGGUGUGGUGCCCUACAUCCCUCAGUAUCGGGAUAUUAAAAGGACACAGAAUGCAGAGGGCUUCUCAACCUACGUGUGCUUAGUGUUACUAGUUGCAAACAUUUUAAGGAUCCUUUUUUGGUUUGGGAGGCAUUUUGAAUCUCCUCUGCUGUUGCAGAGCAUUAUAAUGAUAAUUACAAUGCUGCUGAUGCUGAAACUAUGCACUGAAGUACGUGUGACAAAUGAGCUGAAUAUAAAACGGCGGUCCUUCUCAGCUGCAGAUAGUAAGGAUGAAGAAAUCAAAACACCUCCAAAGAGAUCCUUUCUGGAUUUUGACUUGAUCUAUUUCUGGCACUGGAGCAAGUUUACAGAUUAUGUGCAGUGUGUUCUGGCUUUCACUGGAGUAACAGGAUAUGUCACUUACCUUUCUCUCGACUCGAUUAUCUUUGUGGAAACAUUGGGCUUCCUUGCUGUAUUCACCGAAGCCAUGAUGGGCUUCCCACAGCUCUACCGUAACUAUCAGAACAGGUCGACUGAAGGAAUGAGUGUAAAGAUGGUACUGAUGUGGACCAGUGGCGACACUUUCAAGACUGUAUACUUCCUUCUCAAUCAAGCUCCUUUCCAGUUCUCCAUUUGUGGUCUUCUCCAGGUCUUUGUGGAUAUCGCCAUCCUAAUGCAGGUUUAUUUGUUCAGCUGCUACCCCCAGAAGCCAACUUCACACCAAAUACAUCCAGCCAGUACAAAAGCACUUUAAAGCUCAAGGUGGAGACAUCAAUAAGUCACCUGUGUUUGGAACCAGUCUUGCAGUUUCAGCUCUGAAAUACUGCAUUCCUGAUGGGCUGGAAGAAGAAGAAGAAUAUUAUUGCACGGAAAGAGUAUCAUAUCUGGCAUUACUUCUAAUGAUUGGUGUUCCUUGGGUUGUGUGCUCAUUGGAAUGGAUUUUUCUCUUUGGGGCUCCAGUGAGGGGUGUCCUUUUUUGUAUCUGUGUACAUAUGUCUUAAUCACCUAUAUCUAUAUGUGUGUGCAUGUAUGUAUGCACACAAGCAUACUUGCAAAGGCUGGAUAUUAGUGUUUUCAGUGCUAUUUAACAAGAAAAGUUCAGCUAUAAGAAUCAGAGAAUAUUUUGUUUGAACCUUUUAUCUAUUUAUAUAAAAUAUCUAUAGGGAUAGAACUUUUGGAAUAUCUGUUAAAUAUUUUGGAUACAAUUGAUGAAGGCAAUGUAUUAAUCAAAAGCAUAAAUACAAAACUUUUUUUAAAUGGUGGGUGCAACUGAUCAAAGAUGGAUGAGGUGGGGAGAGAUUGGGGUGGUGGGGUGGUGAAUGACAUAAAUAAUCCUAUUUUAUCAGUUAUAAACAUAUUGAUAAGCACAUACACAUGUACACUGCUGGACCAGUGUGACCAGGAGAUAGUUCACAGUAGCUGGAUUUGGAAAAUAUAAAUUAGAUGUUCACUUGGUGAUGGAAGAAAGGAGGGAAGGAAGAAGUCUAACACCACUUGGUAGAGGUCUUGUUUCUGAAAUAGCUGCUGUUGUUAGAGGGUUGAGGGAGAAAUUUCUAGCAAAUGAUGGCAUUGUUAAAAGUAGUGUUGAUGUCAGGAACUGUAUGAAAGUGGUAAAGAGGGAAAGAAACACAAUUUGUAGCUUAGGCCUUAUGUACACUCCAUGUACCAGUAUAUUUAUAUCAGAUUAAAAAACAACGAAAUUGCAUAGAUAUGGUUCCUCAGUAUAGGCACAAUGAAAUAACAGAGAGGCACUGGCAGCACUGAGAGUAUGUCAAUAUAUGUGCAUCUCAAACUAUGGGAAACUACCUGGUUUUCCUCCGUUUUGAAAAAGAGAGAGUAGAACAGCUAGAAGGUGUCCAUUCUGAGGAAUCUGUGUAUAGAGCAGGCCUCUUCUUUUAACUGAACCUUGACAUUCUUUGUAUUAUUUAAUGCCAAAUCAGGUCAUUUUGUAUUCUGUGGACAAAACUGUUGCAGUAGGCAAUUACUGGAGUGGAAAAUUAUGUACCUAUAUUUCAAUAGUCUUUCAUGUUACCAAUUUUUUUUUGGGGGGGGGGGAGAUCCAUGAGCACUCCUUGAAAAGGUGAGACUGAAGAAGCAGCUGGGGACUGCAUACGAUUUGCAUGUGGUGCAUAUGUGGGAAAGGGUGUGUGUGUGCGUGUGUGUGUAAAGCAUGCCUGCCAAUUUCAGACUUUUGCAUGUCGUUUUCUGCGACUUUGGACUUGAAAACUCAAGAACUGCAGUUUUGUUUAAUUUUGAGGCUCUCUGGCUAGCUGCCAAGAGGAGCUUGCUUUGACAUGAGAUGGGAGAUGACUGUGUAGUUGUGUUCCUCUUCAGGAAGUGUUCCAUCCUCUUAAAAUGCAUCUGCGGUAGCCCAGAAAAGUACAUUCUUCACUGUCAUAGAAAUUCUGCUACAGGAUGGCAAUUUAGGUCAGCAGUAGAUUUGUUAAACAGUUGCUUUUAUUAUUUGUCACUUUGUGCACCUGCACCUCUGAUCUACAAAAAAGAACUAUCCUCAGAUGGACCUCCUCUCCUGGCUGACGCAUUUGGCUGUACCAAAUUCCUCUCUCUGCCAAAGAGACAGCAACACUUCAUUGUUGCAGUGCAAUGAAAAUCUAUCAGGAGUUUUUUUUGUUUUGAAGGAAUUGUUUGCCUUCUAUGCUUAGUACAUUUGCUUUUCAAAUGUUCCAUUUGUCAUGUACAGAAAAACCUCAAACCAGCUGGGAUUUGUGAAAUCCUUCAUGCCCGAGGGGCAAAUAUUGCCAGUAUGGCGGCUGGAUAAAAAGGUGAUCCACCUGUCUUACCGCAAAGAGUGGACUUUUCCCACCCUGCAGCAGCAAGUAAUGGUUCUUCUCCUGCCUGUAACUGGCAAAUAAACCAAAUCUCAGGAAAGCUGCUUUAUUGAGAGCUUGGUAUGAAGCAUUAUGGUUGACCUUUGACUUUGUACUAUUGGUUGGCGCCUUUGCUUAUUUCCUUAUGCCUGAAGUGACCUUACCAAGCUGAUGUUGUCUGGCAUGGCAGAAUAUGAAUGUUCCAUUGCUUUCCUUUUCACAAAUGUUCUGGCUGUAGGAACAUCUGGGCAUUUGUCUUCUAAAUUAUAAGCUUCCACCAUGGUUCUGUUUCCCUGGUAUGCUGCUGUAAUGAGGACUGUAUUUCUGCAAGAUUUCUUAUAAUAGCUUGGAAUGCUGGGCUUUAUUUUUUUAUGAGAUGACCUCCCCUCCACCAUUGUUCUUUGAAAACAGGGUGAAGAAUUAAGUUAGUAAAUGUAUGUGUUUGCUUAGCCUGUGAAAGUGCACAUCUUUGAUGCUUCUUUGUGUAAAAAAGUAUUAUUAAAGGUAAAAUAAAUAGUAUUCCGUCUUCCCCUUUCCCUUCCUUCUUCUAGGAUGUUGUGUACAGGUUCUUACAUGCUGUUGAUUAUCCAGAAUGCAAGCAGUAUGGAUAUAUUUCCUUCACAGAAAAGCUGCCAAUGCCGGAUGAAAAGACAGUAGAUUUGUGACUAAAGGUACUUUUAACUUGUGGCAUUUAAAAAGUUGGAGCAUAUGACAGUGAACUUCAUUCUAGACCACAAAUUAUUAAGAGGAAGAGCCAAAUACCUCUUUUAAGAUAUAUGCCAUAGAUCACAUCUUGACCAACAUCACUGAACUCCAGUAAGAUCACAGCUAUCUAAGGUGCCUUUAGAAUAUUCUCACAAUCAGGUGGGCAGUUUUAUAUCCAUCUCCUGUACAGCAGGGAGAAUGUGGGGGUAACCCAACUUUGUGACUAGGUCUGACUGCAAAGUCUUUCUUACAGAGUUAGCAUCCCCAUUAGAUGUUGAUUCAGUGGGAAAGACCCAUACAGUUAGCUCUUGUUUGUCAUUUAAAUAUUCUCCCACCCAGGUGGCGUUGCUCUUGGAUAAGUAGUCCCUGUGUUGCUGGAAGAAUAUCUAAAGGGCACCUCAGCAACUAGAGAACAGAUCCCUUUUAAAGUUAAAGUUUUUUAUGUGUAAAAGAAAUCUGUAUAACAAUGAUCAUCGCAGUUUAGAUAUCAAGAAACUUAAAUGCAUCUCUGUUGAAUGUAUGUAUAUUUUGAUGAUGGUCACAUGCUGUUUAUCAGUUGCAGUGAUUUUUUUUUUAAAAAAUAAAUGGAUCAUUAUGCACAUCUUUCA